GGCCCGGCGGCGUCCGGGGCCCCCGCGAGGUGAAACUGCGGGAGUUCCGGCGGGAGGCCCGUGCUGACGGCCCGCACCUUCACCAUGGCCUCGGCCGAGCUGGAUUACAGCAUCGAGAUCCCGGAUCAGCCCUGCUGGAGCCAGAAGAAAAGCCAAGGUGCGAAGGAGGCCGGGAAGCAACAGCCUGUGGUGAUUCUCUUGGGCUGGGGUGGCUGCAGGGACAAGAACCUGGCCAAGUACAGUGCCAUCUACCACAAAAGGGGCUGCAUUGUGAUCCGAUACACGGCCCCCUGGCACAUGGUCUUCUUCUCCGAGUCCUUCGGCAUCCCCUCACUUCGUGUGGUAGCCCAGAAGCUGCUCGAGCUCCUCUUUGACUAUGAGAUUGAGCGGGAGCCUCUGCUCUUCCAUGUCUUCAGCAAUGCGGGCGUCAUGCUCUACCGCUACGUGCUGGAGCUCCUGCAGACCCAUCAGCGCUUCCGCCAUUUGCAUGUGAUGGGCACCAUCUUUGACAGUGGUCCUGGUGAUAGCAACCUGAUAGGGGCCCUGAGAGCCCUGGCAACUAUCCUGGAGCGCCGACCUGCCGUGCUGCGCCUGCUGCUCCUGGCAGCGUUCGCCAUGGUGGUCGUCUUGUUUCACUUCCUGCUUGCUCCGUUCACUGCCCUUUUCCACACCCACUUCUACGACAGGCUGCAGGACUCAGGCUCCUGCUGGCCUGAGCUCUACCUCUACUCUAGAGCUGAUAAGGUGGUCGCAGCCAGGGAUGUGGAGCGUAUGGUGGAGGCACGCCUGGCUCACCAGGUCAUGGUGCGUGGAGUGGACUUUGUGACAUCUGCGCAUGUCAGCCACCUCCGAGACUAUCCUACUUACUAUACAAGUCUGUGUGUCGACUUCAUGCAUAAUUGUGUCCAAUGCUGAGGUCCUGCUCCGGAAAUAAACGCCGACACCUCCCUUCGACCUAUAUCUA